UAUUUGUGUAUCCAUGUUUUUUUAAUAUAUAUAAUUAGGAACCAUGAGAAGAUUUUAAGAUGUUCUAAAAGGUUCUCAAACUUUGUCCUGGAAAUAAUAUAUCAGUCAUAAAUUAUUGUUCAUAACAGAAGAUUUGAAUGUCUUAAAACUCGUGGCUUCUUCAAUUCAUCUUAUUUGUGCAUUUUGCGUAAAUAUGAAGGUUUCUUCUGCAGCUUCAGCGCGCAAAGAAAAAAAAAAAAAAAGAAAAGUGUCGGCACAGCGGCUUGGUAACCGCCCUUUAACGCAUCACUCGUGAAGCCCUUCCUCUCCGGAGUUUCCAAGUUUUCCUCUUCAGUUAGGUCGAGCGGGGUAAUUUCCCGAAUAGCUCAACAGUCUGUUCUUUUAUUGACAUGUUCUGCAGACGUGUGCCGAGCAGCGCAGAGUCUUUCCACUGACGCUAUGUGGCUGCGCUGCGGGUGCGUCGCUGCGCCGUUCGGCCGCCGCGUCUUCACGUCUCGUCUCCGGCUUCUGGGUCUCCGGAGAUGCAACACGGCGGCGUUCAUGCCGGAGGCUGCGGGCUUCGGAGCGGUGUCGGGCCGCUCAGCGCUGCAGGAGUUUUCCGUCUCCAACAGUGAGCGCUUCUGGGCCGCCGUGGCGCGUCACAGGCUGAGCUGGAUCAGUCCUUUCCAGUCGGUGCAGGACUGUGACCUGAGCUCAGGCAGGAUCCGCUGGUUCGAGGGAGGAAAGCUGAACGUGUCUGUGAACUGCCUGGACCGCCACGUGCACACCUGUCCUGACAGGGUGGCACUGAUCUGGGAGAGAGAUGAGAAGGGGUCAGAGGUCAAGUACACCUACAGGGAGCUGCUGGAGAUGACGUGUCGCGUGGGCAACCUGUUGCGGCGGCACGGCGUGGAGAAGGGCGACUGCGUCACCAUCUACAUGCCCACCUGCCCCCUGGCUGUGGCGUCCAUGUUGGCCUGCGCUCGCAUCGGCGCCGCGCACAACGUGGUGUUUGCAGGCUUCAGUGCAGAAGCCCUGGCAGAGAGAAUCAGAGACGCUCAGUCCAGCACCGUCAUCACAGUGAACCAGGGCGUCAGGGGGGGCAAGACCUUAGAGCUGAAGAAGACGGUGGACGCGGCUGUCCAGAGCUGUCCAACGGUACAGCAGGUCUUCGUUGCCAUGAGAACAGAGAAUCCGGUCGCCAUGACAGCCAGGGACGUCGCCAUGGAGGAGGAGAUGAUGAAGGAGGACGUGGUCUGUGAACCGGCCGCCAUGAACAGCGAGGACACCUUGUUCCUGCUUUACACAUCAGGCAGCACGGGGAAGCCCAAAGGCCUCGUCCACACUCAGGCUGGAUACCUGCUGUACGCUGCGCUCACACACAGGUAUGUCUUCAACUACCACGACGGCGACGUGUUUGGCUGCGUGGCAGAUAUCGGCUGGAUAACAGGACACAGUUACGCUGUUUAUGGACCGCUGGCCAACGGGGGAACCACUGUCCUGUUUGAGAGCACUCCUAUUUACCCUGACCCAGGGCGAUACUGGGACAUGGUGGAGAGACUUAAGAUCAACCAGUUUUACGGGGCCCCAACAGCAAUCCGCCUGCUGCUGAAGUUCGGAGACGACUGGGUGAACAAAUACGACCGCUCCUCCCUCAAAACGCUGGGCUCUGUGGGUGAGCCGAUCAACACUGAGGCGUGGGAGUGGUACUACAGAGUGGUCGGGGAGGAGCGCUGCCCUGUGGUGGACACCUGGUGGCAAACCGGUAACUGUCUGUUUGAAACACUAUUUUAAAGCAGAAUCAAAACGUCAGUUUAGUUAUUCCAUUGCAUGGGGUUUAGGUUUUUCCCUUCAGUGUUUAAAGUUCUAUAAUUAGGGUCCGAGCACUAACAGUGCAA